CUUCCAUCAAAGGCCAAACUGCUGAAGAUGACAUUGGCCAAACCCGUGGAUACUUCAAUAGCUGGCAGAAAGAUCAUCAAGACUAUAAUGCUUCCUCAUCUCAUGUUUUCUAUAGUCCAAUACAGAAGCCCAGUCACAAUAGUUUCCAAACCCACACCCCAUCACACGCCUUUGUAGAGCAUGCGAAGGAAACAGCUUCCAUCCAAGGCCAAACUGCUGCAGAUGAUAUUGGUCAAAACGGUGCAUACAUCAGUGACUUGCAGCAAGAUCGUCAAGAUUGUAUUGGAUUUUCAUCUCGUGCUCUCCAUACUCCAGGGCAUGAGCCGUGUGACUAUAUUGACGAGAAAGGAAAACAAACAACCUUAAUCAACAGCUAUAACAAUGCCACAGACAAAAAUGGUGCGUACUUUAGCAGCCGAAAGCACGGUCAACAAGAUAAUAAAUUAAAUAUGUCGACUCUUAGACGCCAUUUUCUACGCCAAAAGCAAGAAUCCAAUAUUUAUGACGCCAUGAACAGUUCUUUCACAGGGCUAAAUAUUGAAACAAGUAAGAAAUGUGCUUUUUCCAAUACAGAAGCCAGUCACAAUAUUUUCCAAACCCACACCCCAUCACACGCCUUUGUAGAGCAUGGGAAGGAAACAGCUUCCAUCCAAGGCCAAACUGCUGCAGAUGAUAUUGGUCAAAACGGUGCAUACAUCAGUGACUUGCAGCAAGAUCGUCAAGAUUGUAUUGGAUUUUCAUCUCGUGCUCUCCAUACUCCAGGGCAUGAGCCGUGUGACUAUAUUGACGAGAAAGGAAAACAAACAAACAAAAAUGGUGCGUACUUUAACAGCCGAAAGCACGGUCAACAAGAUAAUAAACUAAAUAUGUCGACUCUUAGCCGCCAUUUUCUACGCCAAAAGCAAGAAUCCAAUAUUUAUGACGCCAUUAACAGUUCUUUCACAGGGCUAAAUAUUGAAACAACUUCCAUCAAAGGCCAAACUGCUGAAGAUGACAUUGGCCAAACCCGUGGAUACUUCAAUAGCUGGCAGAAAGAUCAUCAAGACUAUAAUGCUUCCUCAUCUCAUGUUCUCAAUAGUCCAAUACAGAAGCCCAGUCACAAUAGUUUCCAAACCCACACCCCAUCUCACGCCUUUGUAGAGCAUGGGAAGGAAACAGCUUCCAUCCAAGGCCAAACUGCUGCAGAUGAUAUUGGUCAAAACGGUGCAUACAUCAGUGACUUGCAGCAAGAUCGUCAAGAUUGUAUUGGAUUUUCAUCUCGUGCUCUCCAUACUCCAGGGCAUGAGCCGUGUGACUAUAUUGACGGGAAAGGAAAACAAACAAGUAAAAUCAGAUUGUUUUUUUUAAAUAC